AUGUUAGGUCUACCUUCUAAGGGAAAAUACCAUUCAUAUCACUUGACAUUAGUUCCAUGCAUUGCUAUUGCAGUUACCGCUAUUGCUUUUGUGAUGCUCAUAGUCUUGAUAGUUCUAAUUCGCCAAAAGAGCAGAGAGCUAGAUGAGCCUGAUAACAUUGGUAAACCCCAUUCAAAAACCCUACCUUCUAUGCCAACAUGGAAAUUUCAGGAAGGCUCUUCAUCUAUCUUUCGAAAGUUCAACUUCAAAGAGAUAAAGAAAGCAACAGAGGGGUUUACCACCGUCAUUGGCCAAGGGGGAUUUGGAACAGUAUAUAAAGCUCAUUUUAGUGAUGGCCAAAUUGUAGCAGUAAAGCAGAUGAACAGAAUCUCAGAACAGGCAUAG